CACCACCUACACCAUGGAAGUCGUGGUCAUCAUCCUUGUGAAAGAAGAAGGAAGCAAAAAAAGAAAAUGGCCGAUGGCAGCACAGCUACCUGCUUCGAUAUCCUCAUUUCCAUCAUCCUCCCUCCUCUUGGAGUUUUUCUCAAGUAUGGCUGCAAGUUAGAGUUCUGGAUCUGUUUGCUGCUCACCAUUCUCGGCUACAUUCCUGGAAUUAUCUAUGCUGUCUAUGCCAUCACCAAGUGAAACUCAUCAUAUUCAUCAUCCACCUUUUCUAAGUGGACAGUGAUUGAGUUUCAGAGGAGCGUCAUCAUUUGAUCUUCGGUGGACUCACGUGAUGCUUUCGUUUUCGGUUUAUCAGUGUCAAUAUUCCGUUUCCGUGUUGUGUUUUUUCAUUACUGUUAUUUCCUUAUGUGGAACCAAAUAUGGACCUUGUGUCCUCUAAUUUUAACGCAUGCUUAUCAAAUUGAAUUCGUAAUAGUUAUCUUC